UUAUACCAUAGAAUACCCUCACUUGUAGGGUUUUCUAUGGGUUAUACCCAAAAUCCCUAAAUUGUGUUGUGUCUGGAACGCAAAAUGCAUUCAAAAUGCAUUGAUUUUUAAUAAAUUUGCGUUUCGUGACAAGACCACCAAAGUAAGUUAUAUAAUGGGUUGAAUUCUCGACCUCCUACCAUGGAAUUCAACAUUGAGACCGCAGUUCGAAUUUGCCCCGUGGGGUUCACCACCCCCGACAUGGUCUGUGUUCAAGCCAACACCAUCAACAAUACCAUCCAGUUGGCAAAUUCUCAAAAUUACCCAGCUAACUACACCUUUCCCAUCAACUGCUGCCAAAGCACGGUCUUCACCACGUCUGUGGCCCCCUUAGUUAACUAUUUAGUCGAAGGUUGUGACGUAUCCGUCGUGACGUUAGGUCAGUCCGGGUCUGGCAAAUCUUACACUCUUCUGGGACCAGGAUUCCACUGCGCUUCAAGCGAGUCAGAACAUGGUGUAAUUCCGCGCUUUAUUCGCGAAGUUUUCACCAAAAUGAAGCAGUAUAGAGAUAGGAAUUGGUCUGUGCAUAUCACGUGGUCGCAAAUCUGUGGGGAAAACGUGCAGGACUUGUUGGGCGUUGGUAGUGUGGAGUGUGGGAAUAUCAGCGACGUUUUCCAGUUGAUCCAACUAGGAAUGUCGAAUAUUGCCCCCAAGUGUGCUCAUACUUUGUUCACGUUGACUCUGGAGCAGCAGUGGGUCGUCGACACAACUGUCCAACACCGCGUUUCGACGGCGAGUUUCGCCGAUUUGGCCAGUACUGAGAAAGUUUUAGUGUAUGAUAGUAAUGGUAUGAUGCAGACCAUACCCACAGACUUGGGGAUUCAGACGCUGCAGCGGUGUAUAAUGACUCUGUCGGAGGCUUGUCAGCCGCAGUACAAUCAUUUCGUUCCAUAUACUCAAUCAGUGCUUACCACGCUUCUUAAGGACUCUUUUGGCGGGCGCGCUAAGACUCUUCUUCUUUGUUGUAUUUCCCCGUUAAUUCAGGAUUUCACGGAGACUCUGUACACGCUCCAGUUGGCAAUGAGGGCCCAAAUGAUCAAGAAUUUUGUCACUGUUAACUCAUACACCACAUUUGAGUCAGUACAAGAGAACUGUGAUGUGUUUGGUCUCCAGUUUGCUGCUAACCAACUCUUCAAGUUAGUAUCAAAUGCCGAAGAACUCUUCCAAAGACUAGUCGCUAACGAUGUUUUACCAAAAACCGAUCAAGAGCUCAUUUCGCAGUGGCUGAUGCUGAAGCAAGAGUGUGAAGAUUGUCUGAGCGAAAAUUCAGAACCGCAUCGUUCAUUGGAAAGGAUUGAGGAGGAAAUUGAGGGCAGCUGCGAGAGCAGCGAGAGCGAGGCCAUCGAAGAAGAAGAAAAAGAAUCUCUCCUGGAUAAAGUCCAAGCCUUGAUGGGCGAUUUUCGUAUUAGUACCGAUAAGUUAGUUUCUCAGGUAAGCGCCGCAAACGUUUCUGUGAAUUCCUGCACCAAAGAGAGCAUGACCAGCUCAAACAAUGAGUACCGUAUGAAGGGGGCGCGGGGACGUCGAGGGAGUAUCCAUUCGGCCGAAGAAUUCCAUCCCGCUUUGUCGCUAAACACGUCGAAGAUAAGUGAAGAGUGUGAAGAAAACGAGAAAGCCAUGGAGACGACUGCCAUGUCGUACGAAACCAAAAAGAAGAUAUUGAAGCAGAUCGUCACCGCUUUGGAGUUGAAUCAGAAGAAGAUUUCCGAUUUGGAGAAGACGAUUCGGGUGAAGGAGAACUUGAUGGAGAGUUUGCUGAGGCAUAAGGACACCAAGUCGAGCGCGCACCAUAAGUUUGAGCAGAAGUGCCAGAUGUUGAGGAAGGAGUAUAAGAGCGCUGAAGUGAAGUUAAUUCAUGCAAAGCAACACAAGAACCACAUUCUAGAGGCGAAAUAUAAGAACGAAAAAGUGGCACUAGAAGAGAAACUAAAAGACGCGGAGAGCUUAAAGAGUAUGACGGAAGACGGAAACAAGUUGCUCGAACUCGAAAAUGAUCUCUACACUUCUAAAAAGCAGCUGGAGAAGUUGAAAAAAUACAAGCAGCAGAAGGAGAGAUACAGAUACUUGUACGAGCGACAAAUUCGAGAAGAGAAACUAAAAAUGAGCAAAGAAAGAAGUUGUGACAGUUUUGAUAAAAAAACACCAGACAAAAUAGUAGCGUUAUUGAACAAAUCAAACACUACUAUAAACUCGAAUAUAUCUGUUAAUAACGAAGAAUUGGAGUGUUUGAGGCACGAAAUCCGUAACUUGCGAAAAACGCGCGACUAUUUGCUCGAAAUGCGUUGCAAAAUUGACGUGCAAUCCCAAAAUCAAAAAAUCUUGAACGACGCUGAAGAACGCAAACUUCUGCAAUACGAAGAGGCCGUGGAAGCCAUAGAUCUGAUAAUGGAGUACAAAAAUUCGAUAAUAUGUGGCCACCACCCGCUGAAAGAGCUUGAAGAACAGAGCGAUCGAAUGCUAAUGGAGCGCUUCUUCAAACUCAGCGAAAACGAAAUGCGCAUUUUGCUUCACCGGUACUUUGAAAAAAUCAUCGAUUUGAGAAGUAGUAGCAAAAAGCUUGAGUUGCAAAUCGUCGAUAUUGAGAAUAAACACGAGAAAUUGGCGUAUUAUGUGUUGAAUUUGAGGCACAAUUUGCAGCUAGAGCGGUCUGACGCCGAGAGGCGAAUCGCCUCUUUGCAAAAACAACAUGAAGAUAAGUUGUAUAGAGUUUUGAGGAAUUUGACGGGUGAGGGUAACGAUAAUGAGAGGGGCGUUUCGCGGGUGAUAGGCCCGGGGAGGCACUCCGCGCUCACGGUACGGGUUGCAGAGGCUAGUACCAUCACGCGGUACCACCCAGGGACAGUACCAGUCCAGUUGCAAGGGGCUGUUUCGCAAGCCCAAGCAAAAGUAACCAUAGAGAAGAACAAACACAAAAUUAUUCUGCAGAAGACCAGCAAGAGUUAAAAAAUUUGACGACGGAUUCGACAAUUGCUUGAAGCGAAAUUGGUAAUCAGAGCGACGAGUACAGUUUUAAUUUAUUGUAUCAAAUUUAGCUUUAGGACAAUAAGUUGCUGCAGAGCAGUGGAAUACAUUAUGAAUCUAUGUAAUCAGUUUAGACGCUAGGUAUUAUAAUACAUGUGAUUCUAAGAGCAA